AGUUUUGAUGCUAUCUCUGCCAGUGAGUUAUUGUUCUUAUUAUGGGAAGAAGUUUGACCCUGAGCCAGGAAGAUGUAGAAGAACAGAUGGAAAGAAAUGGAGGUGCUCCAAAGAUGCACAUCCUGACUCCAAAUAUUGUGAGCGGCACAUGCAUCGAGGCCGUAACCGUUCAAGAAAGCCUGUGGAAUCUCAAUCUACUUCCCAGUCCUUGUCGACUACGAUAUCACACAUGACUACUGGGAGCAGCAAUAGAAAUGGAAGUUUCCAAAGUAAUAGUAGUGGAAACUUCCACAACAUGCCAUUAUAUUCCGUUACUAAUUCAGAUGGACUGAGUUAUGGAAGCACUGCAACAAAGCUUCAAAUGGAGCGUGUCUCUUAUGGGAUAAAUAACAAGGAGUAUAGGUAUCUCCAUGGAAUGGCUCCUGAUGCUGAUGGCUCGUCAGAAGUUUCCGCGAGUGUGAGUAGUCUAGGGAUGGGUUCUAACACAGACAACAUGUGGCGUCUAAUGCCAUCACAAGUUCCGUCAAAGCCCACAGUGAAUCCGAAAAAUGAUUCCCAGUUGCUGGGUAGCUCACCUCAUCCAUUCGAGCCGGUAAUUGAUGCAACAAUUGCAAAACAGCAACCCCAACAUUGCUUCUUUGGCAAUGACAUAGGUUCACCUGUAAAGCAGGAGCCGCAUCCAAUGCGCUCGUUCUUUGACGAGUGGCCUACAUCCAAAGAGUCAUGGUCCAGUCUUGAUGAGGAAUCCGGCAAAAAUAAUUUCUCCACCACACAGCUCUCCAUAUCCAUUCCAAAUGCUCAUUCUGGAUUCUCUUCAAUGAGUACACGUUCUCCCAAAUGAUGCUUAAGGAAGCUGCCACUGCGCUGCGCUAACUCUAAGGAGUUUCGGGUGCUACGCGGAGGAAUGGUUGUCGUUGUGCUAAGUGACUUCUGUUUGUAUGAGUUACAUGCACUUUUUAUAUUACUGGUACAUUUAGUCCUUGUAUGUGUUUGUAUUUGUGCUUCAAAUUCAAUACUCUUUUAGGCAAGUGCUACACAAGUUUGCCAUAAAAAAUAAUGUAUUUAUUCAAGUCA